GUGACAGUGACAGCAACUGUCAGAUAACGACAAGCAAGCAGGCGCACGGGGGCCGGCCCUUGAGUUGAACAUUUAUUUUAUUUUCAGAAUGAAUCAAGAGGGCGCACUAGCUUGUUGCGCUGUAUGCAACGAGAAAACACAUAGACGAUGUGGUCGCUGUCUCAAUAUAUAUUAUUGUAAUACAGAGCAUCAACGCCAAGAUUGGAAAAGACACAAAAGUGAGUGUGGUCCAAAGUUACUUAAAAAAGGGCCAAAAAAAGACAAACUUGAAGAACGUUCUUGCCAAAACGACUCAAGGGUGAAGAACGGAGAAGGAGACUAUUCCUCAGAUUCCAAUGAACCAAGUUCAAAAAUAAAAGAGGGUAGUAAGAAUCAAAUACGUCCGAAAAAUUCUGCGAAAAAUAUCGUGAAGGGAGUUGGUAAGGAAUGUGGCGUAGCUAGUGUUAGUAAACACAACUCGCAAAUAUCCACUAAAAACAAAAAUAAAAGUGAAAGUGUCACGGCUGAGCCACCUGAACGAAACGAAAGUAGCGUUAUUUCUAGUGUAGUGUAUACUAAUAAGGAUUUGACUAGAGGAAGUGCCAUUACUUACGAAGGAUCCUCUGAGCAGGAAAUUCUCAGUGAAUCUGCUCAGCAGUUGAAUACAGUAGACUUUGCUAACUCUAGUUCAUCUAAUGUAUUAAAAAUGGUGAAUAGGACUGAAGUAACGGUGCCUGUGAUGCCUUCUUACGGGGCAGAGCAUAGUCGGAGAGUUAAAGAAUACCCUGAAGGGACACUGAAAAGCAGUGGUGCUCCAUUUGGACAUGUACAAAAUAGUUAUGAUGUUGAUCCGAGUGAUCCAUGGUACGGAGUGUGUCAGACUGUGAUUAGAGAUAUGACGCAGUAUGGUGUGUGUUUGCUGAAGAAUUUCCUCGGGAGGGAGCGGGGCCUGAUGGUGUUGGAAGAGGUCAAACAGAUGCACAGAUCGGGAAUAUUUGAAGCCGGCAAAGUGGUGUCAAACCCUAGUAGCACCGAGGCGCAGACGGUGCGAAGCGACCAGACCACAUGGAUCGAAGGCACGGAGCCGCACUGCCCAAACAUCAAGUAUUUGAUCACACAGGUGGAUAACAUAGUGCUGCGAGCCAACAAGAUGCCCAGGAACGGAAGAAUGGGUGACUACGUCAUCAACGGAAGGACGAAGGCUAUGGUGGCGUGUUACCCAGGCUCCGGCAGCCAUUACGUGAAGCAUGUUGACAACCCGAACAAAGAUGGCCGCUGCAUCACCGCCAUCUACUACCUCAACCUCGACUGGGACGUGCAACGGAACGGAGGGCUGCUAAGGGUGUUUCCGGAGGGCACGAAUACGGUCGCUGACAUAGAACCCAUUUUCGACAGGAUGCUGUUCUUCUGGUCCGACAGGCGGAACCCUCACGAGGUGCAACCUGCGUACAAAACUAGGUACGCGAUCACUCUGUGGUAUUUUGACGCCCAUGAACGGGAGGAGGCGCAGCGACGUUUUAAGCAAAAUGCGAAACCUUCGUCGAGCAAGUGAUGGCGGAUCGACUACAGGCCAGGCGAGGCGGGUUAGCAAACGAAUUGUGACCUUAUUGCCUGAGGCAUAGAGCUUCUAAUGUGAUACGCUGUUAUUAUGUCUUAAGGUCUGCUAUAAACUUUUAUCAUUCGAAAACUUAAAACUGAUUAUGUGAUUAAAUAAAUGGCAGCUGUCACUUGUGUAUAAAUAAGAAUUUAGCUAUAAUAAUUUAUUACUAAAAUUUGACACAUUUCAUCUCUACUUUAAAUCUCCUUACUUUGAACACUGCUUUACAAAACUCUUUCUACUUUUUACAUUGGUUUAAUUAUCUUCAUAAAAUUUUAAAAUAUUCAUUAUGUUGACAGCUGUCAUACUAAAACAAAAUAUUUUGUAAAUAAUGCGAAUUUAUACAAUUGUUAAAACAAUAGUCGUAAAUUUGAUCGACUCGAUCGAAGAUUUAGUGAUAAUCGUGUGCCAAUGGUAUUUCAAUAGUACUUAAUGUGUGCAACUAAGAAUAGCUGCUGACAUACCAUUGAGACACGAUUUCAACUUCAAGUCAAAAGCCUACUUUUAAAUCAUCAUAAGGUUAUUCUUAUUCAAAGUCAUGACUAAAUAUGUAUAUAGUUUAAGUAUUUUAAGUAUUAGUGUUUGUUUUCAAGCCUUGAAGUAUUAUGUUUCAUUGUCUUUUUAACUUUAUAAAGCGGUAGAGAAAAUAUUUGAUUAUGACCCGUACGCUACGGAAUAAGGUUCAUUGUGGAACACAACCCGAGCUGCUUUAAUAAACACGACAAAAAUAUAACUACAAGUAUUUAAUUUGUCUCAAUAAAUAUUAUAAUUAUAAUACGAUACAUUGCACAAAAGUAUACAUACAAAAAUGUAUUAUACUUGUAAAACGUAAAUCUAGUUGAACUUACUACUUAACUAAUGUAAAUUUCAUCAGCGGACGGACUACGUAAGACUGAGUAAAACUAGCUUCGAUUGUAUUUCAAUUGUUUGUCUAUAUUUAUUGCGUAUUUAUCGAUGUAAAUAAUGCCAAUAAUAUGACUUUAUUCAAUAGUCAUAAGAUUUCCUAUAAUUUUGUUCUUUUUUCAAAUUUGCAAGGGAAUUAAUAACUGGCCGAAUUCAAGUUUUUUUUUCUAUACACAAAAGGUAUUAGAACAGAUAUUUUUAAAUAUUCAUUAAUAGAAAUCGAAUGUAGCUUGUCUAUACCAGUUUUUUCAGGUAUUUGAGACACAUAUAUUUAGAAAAUUUAAUAGUUGCGCCUUUACACUACUAAGUUAUGUGGUUAAUACGUAAUUUAAAUGUAAGAACCUACGCACAUUGCAAAAGUUGCUGACAGAAAUAAAAAUUAUGUAUAAAGUUUAGUGUAAAUGUGACCUUAGGCGAGUUCCAGUCGGUUAAUAUAUGUGUCGUUCCACGAGAAAGGGUGAGAGCAGUAGCUUACGACGUAAUUUGCGCACCUACAUUAAUACGCCAUAAGCCCAUAAGGUACCUUUUUUCAUGAAACGUCACAUAUUUUCUCUAAUAUCUGUAAACAGCCGUAAUGAUGAUAAGACAAAGUAUGGUAGUUCUGCGUGCAGCGGUUAGAAAAUGUACCUCAUUUAUUAGUCAUUAGAUGGAUGUAAAUAUUCUAAAUCGACAUUAUUGGGGUGUAACACUUACAAGAUAGAAUUAUUUACUGUGUAUAAAUUAUAGUAUUGAAUUUUAUACAAAAAAUAGAAUUAAGCUAUUUAAGAAUAUUAUUCCUAUUUUCGUUUUUACUCGAAUUUAACGUUGCCUAAAUGAUGUUUGUGUGAUGUUUUUCCCCGUUGUUGAGACCCUAGAAGAUAUUUUUUUAGAUCAUUAUUAGAUUUUCAAUUAAACAUUUCUUAAUAAUAUAAUUUGCCAAUUGUUUAAAAAAAUUAAAUAGGUGGAUAACAUUUUGUAACGGGUGUCUUCUUGGAUCUCAUCACUAAUAUUAAUUUACGACCAUAAAGUCAAACGAAAUUUUGUUAAGAUACAAUGUGUACCUAUUCUGUACCUACUUCUUAAAUUAUUUCAUAGCGAAAAUGGUAUUAAAAAUUUCAUUCAGA